CUCUCUCUUCCCUAGCAACAACAACUCAUUCCUCGCUUGCUGGCUGCUGCUCCGUCGCCUUUCCCAUCUCCAACCACCACUCCACUCCACCUCCUCCUCCUCCGCCGCUGCCGCCGCGCAGAUCCGCGGGCAAGGGGCUACGGUGCGGCGGCGCCGCCCUGCACCCCCACGCCGCCCUCCGCACCGCGCGCGCAUCCAGCAGUCGGAAGAGUUGGAGGAGGAGGGGAUGAAGGAUGUGGUGGGGAGCCCGGGGACAUGGAGCGGGAUGUCGCUGCGGGUGUCGCAAUGCGUCUUCGCCGGCGCCUCCGUCGUCGCCAUGGCCUCCGCCUACGGCUUCUCCAACUACACCGCCUUCUGCUACUUGAUUGCUUCCAUGGGUCUACAGCUUCUUUGGAGUUUUGGACUUGCUUGUCUGGAUAUCUAUUCAUUACAAACUAAAAGAGAUCUUCAUAACCCAGUGCUUGUAAGCCUGUUUGUUGUUGGUGAUUGGGUUACAGCGAUUCUUUCGUUUGCAGCAGCUUCUGCUUCUGCUGGUGUCACUAUUCUUUUUGAGAGAGACGUGCACUUCUGUAGGAUGUACCCGCAGCUUUCGUGUGGUCGUUACGAGCUUUCAGUUAUCUUGGCAUUCAUCACAUGGUCGUUCAUAGCUACAUCAGCUGUUUCCAUGUUUUGGUUACUAGCUUCGCUUUGAAUCGUAUCAUUAUCGCUGUCAUGUUGUGCUAACCAUCAGGAUUCCAUCAAAUGUACUCUGCUUGAGACAUUUAGAUUUUAGAUUUCUGUUAAUGAGGAAGCAUCCAAAUCAUUCUGAGUAGGUAUUAUCUGCUUGGCUCACCAAUCUUUGGUUUGGAAAGAGUUUAUUUGACAAAAGUCGGGCAGAUCAUGAGAACAGUAAUGGAGCCAAGUAAUGUUGUCACCUAGAAAUCUUCUGUAUUAAGGUCAAGGGUAUGUAUAUAGCAUCGAAAAUGAAGGGCCGUGUUGCACCUUCAUGUUUGGUGAAGUUCACUCUGACGAAAUUUGAAAGAGGUAUUGGCCAUAUCUCUUCCUGAGCCACACCAUACCGUAUGAGAUGGAGAAAAAUGGUGAUCACGUGAUGCAGGCUUGGAUAUGGAUUGUGCAAACUGUUCAAGUGUCAACUACUGAAAAAUUUUGGGUUUUGGAGAAUUAGAUGCGGUUUCAAAUGAAUUGCGUUCAGCACUCAGCAGAUUGGAAUUGGACUCUGAUUACUUGGUAACUUUUGCGGUGUAAUUUUAGUAUGAAUUUUUUGCGGCUCAUUUUUCGUCCUUGAUAAAUUCAGUUUGAAUACACAAAAUGUUGACACUUCAUUC